GACUGACAGAUGUCGGUUAAUCGUUUACAUUACAUGAAACUUAAAAGGAAGUCUUUAUCAGAGAUAACAAAUACGAGGAAUUUAAAGUGAUUGUAAUAUUUAGUUGUUUACUAUAAAUCACCUUUUAAUUGUUAAAAGAAAUGAAAAUGGAUGUGCUAGUUUCUGUGGGUGAAAUAUUUAGUUAAUAAAAAGGUGAACACGAAUUUUUCCCUGCUACCUGCGUUAUAUUACUAACUACCAGAAUGGAUCAUCCUAAAAGAAAAUUAUCAACACAAGGUGAUUCAUUAUAUCAGGUUCUUCAGUUACCUAAAACUGCAACCCAAGAGGACAUUAAAAAAACUUACAGAAGACUUGCAUUGAAAUACCAUCCUGAUAAAAACCCAAAUAAUCCAGAUGCUGCUGAAAAAUUUAAGGAAGUCAACCGUGCCCACUCAAUUCUAAAUGAUCCUACCAAACGAAAUAUUUAUGACAAUUAUGGUAGCUUAGGUUUAUACAUUGCAGAACAAUUUGGUGAAGAGAAUGUGAAUGCUUACUUUGUUGUUACUUCAACAUGGUGCAAGGUUUUGUUCGUGGUCUGUGGGUUAGUAACAUGCUGUUACUGCUGCUGUUGUUUGUGUUGUUGUUGCAAUUUCUGUUGUGGCAAGUGCAAACCGAGACCUCCGCAAGAUACCGGGGAUUACCAUACACUUAAUCGAGAGAAUCAACAGAGCGCCAUGGGCAGUAUGCCGAUCACGUCCCAACCCCCUAGAAAUAGGGAAGAUAUAUCGGACGAAGAAGCCGCUCGAGGAGACUCGCCCAAUAGAUCGUCUCCUGUAACAACUCAACCAUCUCCAUCUAAAAAAACUGCUCCAGUUUUUGCCAUGCCCAUGCCGCCCCCUGCUUUCGACGAAAAUGCAGCACUUAAUCAAGGAGACGUUCCUGUAUACACUCCAGCUUAAUUUUCAGGUAUGACAAACUCCCCAGCAAAAACAUUCGAACAGAAACAACAGUGGUGAUGGGGAGAAAAUUAGGGUCUUAAACUACUCAUAGUUGUGUAGGACAAGCGUUAACAAAUCGUUUAACUGUUUCUUGUCUUGUCCCAUUUUCGACCAGACCUUGCAUUAUUUCCCCCUUUAAAAUAUUGACUAAUUGUGACCUAGCAUAGAUACAACGUUUCCUUUCUUUUAGUCGAUUAAUUAUGCAUAUAUUACAUAGAUUAAUAACAAUAACAGUAACAACAAUAAAAAAAAUUAUUAUAAUAAUAACAACACUUAAUAUUGCAACAAACACAGCAUGCAUACUCUACUAUUUUCAUUAGAUUUUCAUAUAGGUAUCUAAUUAUAAAUUAUAAUGCAACAAUAUUUAAAGGUCCCUUAGAACUUUUUAGUGUAAACAUAUAUGUAAUUUUAAGUGUUACAUUUUCAUAUUGCGCCCUCUCUCCCCUUUCUCUAAUUUCAUUUUAAACCAUGCACGUUUUCUUAAUAUUUUUUUUGUAUGAUUCAAAUUGCUUGUCGUCUUCGCGCUUUCUAAUUAAAAAUAAUAAUUAACUUAUUUAAUGUAAAAAAACGGAACGGAAAUAUUACUUUGAUAAGGUCAAACUAUUCAUGCAAGUAUAGGGUGAUUAUUAUUAUUAUUAUAUUUAUUUAAAUCGUUAAAUAAAUUUGCCUCUAGUACUUAUUACAUGUUGAAAUGGUAACUAAAAUUCUAUCUAAAUAAUUUCAUAAAAGCUUUCGCUGUAUUUAAGAAUUUACAUUCUGUUUCGGGUUUUUAGAACGUCGGGCGUAGCCUCGAUCGUCGUGACAACGCGCUUUCGUCUAAAUCAUAUACAUUCAACUUAAAAAUGAAUCGAUCCAAUAAGCGCAUUCAGCAUUAACUCGACCUAUAAUGUUUUGCAUAUUUAAUUUAUCUGCUUGUGAGGUACAGUAUAAUAUGUGUCACAUGGAUUACUUACGUUCGUUUUAAAUAUAGGAAACCGUGUAAUUCCUCUUACUUAGCUUCAACCAUUAUGCUGUAUGCCACUGAUAUUAAAUUUUGAUGUAAUUUUAGAAAUAUAUUUAUAUAGUACACACAUUCUAUGUAUAUGCAAAAUGAAUGUGCAUAUACGUUACGUAUUUAAGUACACGAUUGAAGCUAGAAGUGAAUUUUUAUCAUUUUUUUUAUCGUUACACAAACAUCUACUGCAUAUACAUGUUUGCAUAGAAACUACUUAAAAAUCCAACAACUUUAAGCAAGUUUCGCUUUAAGUAAUAUGACUAUUGAAAUUUAAAGUUGGCAUGUAAACUAAUUAAUUUAUUGAGUAAAUGUGAUAGAAAGAUGUAAUAAAACUGUUACGCUACAUACUGUGGCAAUUUGAUCGAGAUUAA